AUGGGUGCCAAUGGAACCGAUGAGUCGUUGCCAUCUGUGGGCAGCCAUGGGCCCAAGACUGGCUCUGUCGUGAAUUUUGACGGACCAGACGUCCCUCCGCCAUUUGAUAGGACCAGCUACGCUGUGGGGUUUGACGGACCAGACGACCCCAUCCAUCCCCAGAACUAUCCCAGGACGCAAAAAGCCUUGUUCACCAGUUACGUGGGCUACAAUGCCUUGUGUCUUACUCUCGGAUCUGCUAUGUUCUCCCAGGCAGGUCCCAUCAUCGAAAAGCACUUUCUGGUGGGCCCCACCAUCACCACGCUUGGAACCUCGUUGUUCGUGUUGGGGUUCGCCUCGGGACCCAUUAUAUUUGGACCAUUGUCUGAGUUGUAUGGACGAAAAAGCCCUCUUCUUGUGGGUGCUAUUGGCUUUACUCUCUUCAGCUUUGCCGUGGCCACCGCCAAAGACAUCCAGACCAUCAUCAUCUGUCGAUUUUUCACUGGGUUCGUAGGCUCGGCUCCAUUGGUGGUGGCUCCUGCCGUCAUAGCCGACUUAUAUUCACCCAAGAGCAGGGGCACUGCCAUCUCCGUGUUUGCAUUUAUGGUGUUUGGCGGGCCCAUGUUGGCUCCCAUCAUCGGCGGGUUCACUGUGAAGAACCAUGCCCUCGGCUGGAGAUGGACCUCGUAUUUCUGCGGCAUCAUAGGUGCCGUUUCAGUCUUGAUAACUGCGUUUCUAUUGCCAGAAACUCACCCUCAGCUACUCUUGGUCAAAAAGGCGAAGGCCUUGAGAAGAACAACCGAAAAUUGGGCCAUCUAUGCUCCCCACGAAGAAUUGUCAAUAUCGAUAAAGGAAAUUGUCGAGAAGUACAUUUCUCGGCCGCUAAUCAUGUUGGCCACCGAGCCAAUUUUGCUCUUGGUGUCCAUCUACAACGCUUUCAUUUAUGGGAUGCUUUACCUAUUUUUGACCGCCCUCCCUAUGGUGUUUGCUGAAAGGUACCACUUUGUGGCUGGCGUCGCUGAGUUGCCGUACCUUUCUAUGUUCAUAGGCAUUAUUCUCGGCAUAGCUCUCAUUAUCUAUUUUGAAGGUAGGUAUGCACUUGCUAUGGAUGCGAACAACGGAAAGCCGGUUCCCGAAGAAAGAUUGCCUCCUAUGAUGAUUGGUGGAAUUUUCUUUUCUAUUGGCUUGUUCUGGUUCGGAUGGACUGGAAAUUAUGCCCAGCAUAUACACUGGAUAGUUCCCACCAUUGGACUAGGCUUCAUUGGUUUUGGCCUAAUUUUAGUUUUUAUGCCAUGUUUGAACUACAUCAUAGACUGUUACCUUUCAUUGGCUGCAUCUGCGUUAGCUGGCAACGCAUUUAUCAGAUCGGCUUUUGCAGCUGCGUUUCCGUUAUUUGCCCGACAAAUGUUCACUGCUUUGCAUAUGAAUUGGGGGACUUUGUUGGUCGGGCUUGUGUCCGUGGUGUUGAUUCCAGUUCCGUUUUUGUUCUACAAGUACGGUAAGCAUCUUAGACAACGGUCAAAGUAUGCCUGUCUGUCUUAG